AUGGCUAGUCCAAGGACUCGGCACGCUUUGGCAGAAGUUCGUCGCAUAGAGGAGAAUAAUUUCUGCUUUGAGUGUGGAGCUCCGAACCCGCAGUGGGCCAGUGUUACCUACGGCAUCUGGAUAUGCCUAGAGUGCUCAGGAAAGCAUCGUGGUCUUGGAGUGCAUCUUAGCUUUGUGCGUUCCGUAACGAUGGAUAAGUGGAAGCCGAUUGAGUUGGAGAAGAUGAAGGUGGGCGGCAACAGGAAGGCUCGUCUUUUCUUUGAGCAACAGCCAGACUUUCGAUCGAGCUGGUCUCUCAGCGAGAAGUACAAUAGUAGAGCCGCUGCCCUCCUUCGUGAUAAGGUUUCAACGGAGGCAGAGGGGCUCGCAUGGAGUGAAGAGACUUCUCCUGCCAACAAUUAUCGCUCACCUCAGAGGAUCAAUCGCAGCGUCACUGCUACCAGUCUGCCUUCCACUCGACCUCGAGACAUCACUAACCCACGAGUGCUACCUACAGUUCAUUCCGAUCUUGAGUCUUGGCUGAAUGAGUCUGAGCAGAAGACCAGGACGGAAGAUUUUUUUAGUCGCAUGAUGGCCGAAAACGCCAAUCGGCCAAGUGGCCUCCCACCCAGUCAGGGCGGUCGAUAUGAAGGAUUUGGAAACACUCCGGUCCCACAUAAACCUGAGCCCCAGUCCUCUGCUUACGAUGAUGCCUUGAAAGUCCUCAUGAACGGCUGGUCUAGCUUCAGCAUGUUCGCCUCGGCAGCUGUAAAGAAGACCAACGAAUUGGCCGUCACGGCUACUGAGAAGACAAAACAGCUGGGACAGAGCGUCCAAUCAAAGAUGCAAAGCUAUCUACAGGCUCCGAGCGGCACCAUGCAAACACCCGAGGACUGCACUCAGCGUCAUUUACAGCACAAUUCUCAAUCCUUUGACAAUUCUACCAUUACCAAUGUACCCUUGAACAGCAAUUACGGAUCUCUUUCAACUGAUAUAUGUCGGAAAGUGAAGAGUUUUGAUGAGGACAUUAACGGCGGUGAUGGAUGGGGAGAUGACUUCUCUAGAGGCAACUCCACUCUCACAGAGGAGACUAAGAAGUCACCGUUAAAAGAGGAGUCAAAUGAUUGGUGGAACUCGGAAUGGGAUGUUGACGACGCAGGACGUGGGUGGAGUGAUCUGAGUGGAAAAGUUGGAAUCAGUAUCACUUCAGCUGCGAGACAGUCGGUGAUGAAUCAGCGCUUUUCCGAGACUGCCAGUCGUCGUAACAAAACGGGCAAAUUAGACUAA